AUGGAGUUUUGGAAGCAGCUGUGCGCUGAACAUGGGAUUAGCCCUGAAGGGACGCUUGAAGAAUUUGCCACCAGUGAUACUGACCGCAAAGAUGUAUUUUUCUACCAAGCAGAUGAUGCCCAUUAUAUUCCUCGUGCUGUCUUAUUAGACUUGGAACCACGUGUAAUCAAUGCAAUCUUAUCUUCACCGUAUGCUCGACUAUAUAAUCCAGAAAAUGUUUAUUUAUCUAAACACGGAGGUGGUGCUGGAAAUAAUUGGGCAGCUGGAUUUACACAAGGUGAAAAAUUAGAAGAAGAGGUCUUUGAUAUUAUUGAUCGUGAAGCUGAAGGAAGUGAUAGCUUGGAAGGCUUCGUUAUGACUCACUCUAUCGCUGGAGGAACAGGAUCUGGAAUGGGUUCAUUUAUCCUCGAACGUCUUAAUUCACACUUUCCGAAGAAACUUAUUCAAACUUAUUCAGUUUUCCCAAACUUAGAAGAGACUAGCGAUGUUGUUGUUCAACCUUAUAACAGUUUGUUAACAUUGAAACGUUUGACUUUGAAUGCUGACUGUGUGGUUGUUCUGGAUAAUACUGCUCUACACCGGAUAGCUACAGAUCGUUUACACAUUGAAAAUCCAUCAUUUGCACAAAUCAACCAGUUGGUUUCCAAAGUAAUGUCUGCAAGUACAGCCACACUACGGUAUCCAAGUUAUAUGAACAAUGAUCUAAUCGGUUUAAUUGCUCCACUGACGCCUACUCCACGAUUGCAUUUCUUAAUGACUGGUUAUACUCCACUGACAACAGAUACGGAAGUUGCAACAGUAAGACGUACAACUGUAUUUGAUGUUAUGAGGCGUUUAUUACAACCUAAAAAUAUGAUGGUUUCUACUCCAACACAGCGUGGUGUUAGUCAUUGUUAUGUUUCAAUAUUAAAUAUUAUACAAGGAGAAGUAGAUCCUACUGAAGUACAUAAGUCAUUGCAGCGUAUUCGAGAACGUCGUAUGGCCCAAUUUAUCCCUUGGGGUCCAGCGAGUAUUCAAGUUGCGUUGUCUAGGCGAUCUCCAUAUGUGCAAACACCACAUCGUGUUAGUGGUCUUUUGCUUGCAAAUAACACAAGUAUAUCUACUGUAAGUAUUACUGUCUCUGAUUUUUACUCUUAUCCAAUAACCAUGUCAUAG